CAAUUAUAAAUAUAAAAAACACAUAGGAUAGCACUUUGUUAUAUAUAAUGGGGAGGUUAACUUUCUUAGGUGCACUAACACUGUUAGUGACCCUUCAAGUUUUGCAAUCUGGAAGAAGUGUUUGUGGUGGUAGCAAUGGAAAGAAAUUGGUGACAGUGUUGAGCAUUGAUGGAGGUGGAAUUAGAGGCAUUAUUCCUGGAACCCUUCUUGCCUUUCUUGAAUCCAAGCUCCAGAAGCUUGAUGGACCAAAUGCAAGAAUUGCAGAUUAUUUUGAUGUAAUUGCGGGAACAAGCACAGGUGGAUUAAUAACCAGUAUGCUCGCAGCUCCAAACAGGGAUAAUCGCCCUUUAUAUGCAGCAAAAGAUAUCUCCAGCUUCUACAUGGAGCACUGCCCUCACAUCUUUCCUCAAAGACGGCGCAACAGCUUCGUGAAUAAGAUUGCAAAUUUCUUUGGGGGACCAAAGUAUGAUGGCAAGUACUUGAGAUUAUUAGUUGAUUCAAUAUUAGGCAACCUCACUAUAAAGCAGAUGUUAACUCAUACAGUCAUUCCAGCUUUUGAUAUCAAGCGCUUUCAACCCAUUAUCUUCACUACUGUUGAUGCCAAAGCGAAUGUCUCAAAGGAUGCUCUAUUGUCCGACAUUUGCCUCAGUACAUCUGCAGCCCCCACCUACUUCCCGAUACACUAUUUCGAGACUAGGGAUGCUGCAGGGAGACCACACACAUUUGAUCUUAUUGAUGGAGCUGUAGCUGCAAAUAAUCCAACCCUGAUGGCAAUCACACACAUUUCAAAAGAAAUAAUGAUGAGAAACUAUCAGUAUGAGGACAUGGAAACAAUGGACAACAAGAAAAUGUUGGUUCUAUCAUUAGGCACAGGUAUUGGCAAGCACCACGGGAAGUAUAACGCAGUGUCGGCUUCAAAGUGGGGUUCACUUGGUUGGAUAUACAACAAUGGUGACACUCCAAUAAUAGAUGUUUUUAGCGAUGCAAGUGCUGAUAUGGUGGACAUACAUGUUUCAACAAUGUUUCAAACCCUUCGCAAUGAAAAGAAUUACCUCAGGAUUCAGGCAAACAUUUUAAGAGAGCCUUCUUACAUAACUCAUUCUCUCUAGUCCACAAAUACCUUCUACAGAUACUUUCCACCUGCUUGAUGAUCUUCUUGGGUAAGAUGAAUAUUUUACACCAGAAUGUUUGCAGUGCAAAUAAGAUGCUUUUGAUAAGCUGGAGCCUACCAUCAUAUGACAGAAAUUUAGCUGUCCAAGAUGUGAUUCUCCCCACCAUCCUCUCUACUAGAGGCUAACACUGAAUCAAAGAAAUCCUCUUGUGCUUAAAGGUACCCUCAAGUACCUAACUGGUAUUGACCCCUGCGGGAUACCAAGUAAUUUAAGUAUUAGGUUCUGUUCCUCUACUGGAACUCCUCCAAAGAAAAUUGAGCUUUUAUAGGCUUGUUUAAUGUUAGGCUAGAGGCAUGAGAAAAGUGUUGAAAAAAAGCAAAUAGUAGGUUCACUGACACUAGAACUCCUCUACAGAACAAAAGCAGAUCACUUAUGCCCUUUCUCAACACAUUUCUUUAGACAAAGAUUUCAUUUUUCCCUAUUUUCAGAUGAUAAAUCUUUUUAAUAACAUGUAUGGAAUGUGAAUCAAACCCAUGUUUGAGUAGAAAUUAAGAUAUCUGAUGCAAAUUCUUCCUUUCUUAA